AUGGUCAACUUCACAUAUAUCAGCUUCACUGUGUCCAAGGAGGGUCUCACAUCCGCUGUCCUCGAAAAAGCUGGAGCGAGAAUGGCCGCUGCGAGGCCUCUCCCGCCUCGGCGAGGUUUAUGCGGAGCUGGUUGCGCCCGGUGUGCCCUCGGCGGAACAGCGUCUGCGUUCGGCCACUCUGCGCUCAAAUUCGCACAACGCCCUGCAUGGCCUGGGAGAGGCAAGGGCCUCCAGGGCCCACACAGCGUGGGCCAGCCAUGCGGCUCAACAGCAACACGCACAUGCAACGCGGCUCCUUCCAAAGUCGGCGGUGAACCUGAAGGCAGUGUCGACAGCGACAAUCAACGCGCUCCGCUCCGACCCAUCGUGCAUUUACACACCGUCCUUCUUGCAUGGCUCCAACUGGAUCCACUGUCAGCUGCCGACGACCAAAGCAACGCUGAUUCGCCUGCGGCACGUCGCGACAUCUUCCGCCCGCUCAAAAAAAGUUCCACGCAACCAAAGAUCCUCUCCAGAAGUCAACAGCUUGCGCUCCGAUCUUCGCUGCUACCACCAUCCUCGUUCCUCACAUUCUCCAUUUCGUCCGUCAGGGAGAGGCAUCAAGCUCCCCCACACCUCCCAUUCCAGCUUGCCGUCAAGAUGGCCUCCGGCAACAGAUCCUUCUUUGCGCCGCAAGAGACACGCGUCGACUUGCCCCAUGGUGCCGCGACACAAACGCCCGAUAUCACAAGACCAGCGAGUCCUUCCGAGAAUGACCGCGCCCCUUUCCUGAAUGGCGGCGAAGGCUCGCGUGAAGACGUCCGCAUGGGUGCAAAGGCCUUGCGCCACGAUGCAGACAAGCCUGCGGUCGGCAUCAUGGCCCUGGCGCCCAUCCUCAGCUAUUGCGCUGCCAGUAUCACCAUGACCGUCGUCAACAAAUUCACCGUCUCUGGCGCCGGCUUCAACAUGAACCUCCUCGUCCUGCUCAUCCAGUCCACCGUCGGCGUCACAUGUGUCAUGAUCGCAGAGCGUGCCGGCCUGAUCCAGUUGCGCGGCCUCAACUCUCGUGACAUCUGGAACUGGAUGCCCCUCAGCACCAUGCUCGUCUUUGUCAUCUGGACGGGCAGCAAGGCGCUCCAGUACCUCAACAUCUCGGUCUACACCAUCUUCAAGAACCUCACCAUCAUCCUCAUCGCCUACGGAGAGGUUCUCUGGUUCGGCGGCCGCGUCACUCGCAUCGUACUCUCGAGUUUCCUCCUUAUGGUCCUCUCGUCCAUCAUCGCCGCCUGGUCCGACAUCUCCAACGUGUUUGCGAUCGGCAACCUCUCCAUGCCGCACACGCCCGACUCGAUCGCAGGCGGAAUGUCCAAAGAUCCCAACACCGGCGCCAUGAUCCCCGCUUUCGACCCGCUCAAGGCGGAGAAGGACGCCAUCGCCGCGCAGAUCCAGGGUGCUUCAGCCAACGACGUCAUUGAGGGCUUCCAGGGCUACGGCCUCCUCUCGAGCGGCUACCUCUGGAUGGCGCUCAACUGCAUCUGCAGCGCCACCUACGUCCUGCUCAUGCGCAAGCGCAUCAAAGUCACCGGCUUCAAGGACUGGGACACGAUGUUCUACAACAACUUCCUCAGCAUCCCUGUCCUCCUCGUCAUGUCUUUCCUCGUCGAGGACUGGUCGGCCGCCAACCUGCACAAGAACUUCCCGGACGACAAGCAGACCAAGCUCAUCUCUGCCAUCGUCUUUUCGGGCGCCUGCGCCAUCCUGAUCAGCUACACCACCGCCUGGUGCAUCCGUGCCACCUCCAGUACCACCUACAGCAUGGUCGGUGCUCUCAACAAGCUUCCCGUCGCCCUCAGUGGCAUGGUCUUCUUCCACGACCCUCCCGUCACCUUCUCCAGCGUCAGCGCCAUCUCUGUCGGUUUUUUCGCCGGUCUCGUCUACGCCGUCGGCAAGAACAAGCAGGCCGAGGCCGCCAAGCUCGCAGGCAACUCUGCUACCAACGGCUCCUCGUCGUCGGGAAGCAAGGACGGUUCGAGCCUUCCCAUGCACAAUCUCAACGACCGGAAGGAUUGA